GGAGAAGGAAUUGGGAUUUAAUGUUGUGUGGUGAUUGUUUGAUGUCUGCUAUUUGCUAGUUGUUUUGGAUUCGGUUUUCGAUUUUUGUAUUUUUGUCCUUGAUUUAGGUUUUUCGACUUGGUUUGCGUGAGCAUAGUGUUUGAUUGGAUGAGUGAUGAAGUAACCAAUUUUGGUUAUGUUUGGUAGGAAAUUAUUGGGGUUUUUUUGUCGAUUUAGGAAGGUUGAGUUGGAAAUUGAUAACUGAUAGUUAAUUCUAAACUAAUGUUGUUAUCCACACUUUGAAUAUAGAAAAUGUAUUGAUUGCAUUUUAUCAACCCCCACCAUUUUUUUGCUGAUCAAACCUUGUGGAUGAUUUAAUGGAAAGCUAAAAAUAAUAAGGGCUUGACCUUCACCGAAGUCCACUGUAAUCAGUAGCAAGUGUCCUUCUGCUCCUAUAAUUUGAGGUCAUUUGUUUGUUUGGCAUCAAUUCUGGUUUGAGUGGGAGUUAUGUACCGGGAGAAGUUUGUGAGGUUUCAAGACUGGAGAUCUGAGAAAAGUUUUAAUGGACAAUCGCCUAGUAAAGGUGGAGUGCAGCUAUCAAGACUCCGAUCAGCAGCAUAUUUGGUCUCAGACAAGUUUCAGAGAGGAUUUGAAUCUGGUUCUGAAAGGAUCAAGAGGUUCACUGGAACAAUAAGAUCCUUCUCUUUUGGAAAGUCUCGGGCAGAUGGUGGGGUAUCGAGGAAGAAAAUUCUUGAUCCUCAAGGGUCAUUUCUUCAGAAAUGGAAUAAGAUUUUUGUACUGUCUUGUGUGAUUGCCAUUUCCUUGGAUCCCUUGUUUUUCUAUAUCCCCAUUAUCAACAAUGAUAAAAAAUGCCUUGAUUUGGACCGCAAGAUGGAACUUGCUGCUAGCAUUUUGCGAUCCUUCACAGAUCUCUUUUACCUCACACAUAUUAUAUUUCAAUUUCGUACGGGAUUCAUUGCCCCUUCUUCGCGGGUGUUUGGAAGAGGCAUCCUGAUUCAAGAUUCCUGGGAAAUAGCCAAAAGAUACCUGCGUUCGUACUUCGUAAUUGAUAUCCUUGCUGUUCUUCCACUUCCUCAGAUUGUAAUUCUCAUCAUCAUUCCCGAGUUGAAAGGUGAUAGAUCUUUGAACGCAAAGGAUUUGCUAAAAUUUGUGGUGAUCCUUCAAUAUAUACCAAGGCUUCUUCGAGUCUAUCCAUUAUAUCAAGAAGUGACAAGAACCUCAGGCAUACUCACUGAAACAGCUUGGGCUGGUGCUGCCUUCAAUCUUUUUCUGUACAUGCUCGCCAGUCAUGUGCUCGGAGCCUUCUGGUAUUUGUUUUCUAUAGAACGUGAAACAAAUUGCUGGAAGAGAGCUUGCGGAGAUCAAUCUGCAUGUCGUUCUUCUUCGUUUUAUUGUGAUGCUAAGGAUUCAGGAGGAUUCACACAAUAUUUGAACAACUCUUGCCCGAUACUGGAUCCAAAUGCCACACUUUUUGACUUCGGGAUAUUCCUUGAUGCUCUUCAAUCUGGUGUUGUUGAAUCAAAGAACUUUCCCGAGAAAUUCUUUUACUGUUUCUGGUGGGGUUUGCAGAAUCUAAGCUCCCUCGGCCAGAACCUUCAAACGAGUACGUAUAUCUGGGAGAUUUGCUUCGCCGUUUUCAUAUCUAUAGCUGGUUUGGUGCUGUUCUCGUUUCUUAUCGGAAAUAUGCAGACGUAUCUGCAGUCGACAACGCUGAGACUAGAGGAGAUGCGCGUCAAAAGACGCGAUGCGGAGCAAUGGAUGUCGCACCGUCUGCUUCCUUACAGCUUAAAAGAACGAAUCCGAAGAUACGAGCAAUAUAAAUGGCAGGAGACGAGGGGUGUCGACGAAGAGAAUCUCGUCCGGAAUCUUCCUAAGGACUUGCGACGAGACAUUAAACGCCAUCUCUGUCUUGAUUUACUCCGGCGGGUGCCGAUGUUUGAGAAAAUGGACGAUCGACUAUUGGAUGCGAUGUGCGAUCGUCUGAAACCGGUGCUGUACACCGAGGAAAGCUACAUCGUGCGGGAGGGCGACCCGGUCGACGAAAUGCUGUUCAUAAUGCGCGGGAAACUACUCACGGUAACGACCAACGGCGGGCGCACCGGGUUCUUCAACUCGGAGCAGCUGAAGGCCGGCGACUUCUGCGGCGAGGAGCUCCUGACGUGGGCGCUCGACCCGCACUCGUCAUCGAACCUCCCGAUCUCGACGCGGACGGUGCAGGCGCUCUCGGAAGUCGAGGCGUUUGCGCUGGUGGCGGACGACCUGAAGUUCGUGGCGUCGCAGUUCCGGCGCCUGCACAGCAAGCAGCUGCGGCACACGUUCCGAUUCUACUCACAGCAGUGGCGGACGUGGGCGGCAUGCUUCAUACAGGCGGCGUGGCGGAGGUACACCCGGAAGAAGCUGGAGGAGUCGCUCCAGGAGGAGGAGAACCGGCUGCAGGACGCGCUGGCGAGGGGGGGUGGGAGCUCGCCGAGCUUGGGGGCCACGAUUUACGCGUCGCGAUUUGCGGCGAACGCGCUCCGGGCGUUGCGGCGGAACCGGACGAGGAAGACGCGGCUGCCGGAGAGGAUAUCGCCGAUACUGCUGCAGAAGCCGGCGGAGCCAGACUUCACCGAUGAAGAGAAGUAAGGAAAUUUGGAAAAUAAGUGUUGUAUUGUACGGUACGGUACGGUCGAAUUUUUUUUCUAUUAAUUAUUAUUAUUAAUUAUUAGAAAUGUAUUAUAAGGGUUUUCUUUUUUGGGGGGGGCGGGGGGUUAUAGGAAGGCUUCAACGUUGGUGGUGGUGUUUGUAAGAUGUAUGUAUAUUAUUGUUAUAACUGUUAUUAGUAUGGUAUUUAUUACGUAAAUU